AAGGCAUUCUGCGCUCCGCUGGUUGAGCCUGAGAAGCGGGAUCGUUAUCAUCAAACACUGCAGCUCUUCUCCCGGUAUGUUGUCUUGUGUUUUAAAUUGACAGUCUUUAAAUCAACGUUUUGGGCGUUUUUCCAAUGCAUGUGUGAAGCACCAAAAACUACAGAUGUGUGACUGUUUAAAAGUCUCUCUUUCUGAGAAGUUAGCCGAAUAGAGCUUUAGCAUUGCCUGUCCAUCGACACUGUCCACACCGAUUAUUCUCCUCAAAGUAUGCGACAAAGAAAAGCUUCUAAAACACAGAAAGGUUUGCAUUUACCACUUCCGCCUGCAUCAUGACCGAGAGAGUCAACAAAGACAAACUCAGACGUAGUUUGUCGUUGUCCAAGAGUAAGAAGAAAGGCAGCGUCAAAGCUGGGACAUCUCCAAUCACCUCGUUCUUCAGCAGCCAGCCUCCACCUAAGCUGGCCUGCCCCCUGUGUGGCCAGUUUGUACCAAGAUUCAAGAUCAAUGAGCACAUUGAUUUGCAAUGUCAGAACUUUGAGAGAGGAGACAGCAGUGCCGCCUCAGCAAGUAAUAGUGUUGUGGCAAGCAACCAGCUGUCACCAAGGAAUCCCCCAAAGUCUCCAGAGAACGAAGAAGAUGUCGAAGAGACAAAGACCAGCCCUUAUUUCAAAAAGAUUAACUCCCAGCAGGCACCACGGGGGGUAAAAAGUAAAAGUGUGGUCAGGACGAUUGACCUGGGAAGUCUCUCCUCCAAGUUAUCUAGGAAAGGUCAUAAGGUACCUGAGAGGACACAGGCGGAGGAUAAUUCACCAAUGUGUCCUGAAAAGAAGAUACAUUCUUCUGAGACACUCGGGAGCUCACAGAAAGAAAAUCUUCAGAGUCUAGAAGACAACAAAGAUUGCGUGACAGUCAUUGACCUUACAGAAACUAGUGCCGAUACUCCAACUGCACUGGAAGAUCCAUCAUGUUCAGAUAAAGGACGUAAGCUCGAACAGAAAGCAUCAAAAUCAGACACUGUCCCAAAACGGGUUGCUCCAAAGCGGCACUCUUCUUCCUCCAAACUCUCAAAGAGAAAGAAGGAAACAACUUCCACUGGCAAGGUGUCUGAUUUCAGAAAGAAAGCCAAAUAUGAGGGGAGCAGCGAGCCAGAUGAGGUGUUAUCUAGUGACAGUAUAGGAGAGACAACUCAGGUACCAUCUACCAGUACUUGUGACGUCCCUUUGAGUUCAGAGGAAACAUGUGAGGAAAGUGCUGCAGCGAUUACUCGUGAUUCACUGGCCGAGUCUGGUCCUGAGAACGCCGCUACUAGUGACCGGGAGAGCUCUCAGCCCCCACGGCUUCCCUACUACCUCCGUAACUUCAGGACCAUUCUUCAAGCUGUCCUGGAGAAUGAGGACGACAGGUCGUUGUUCAACAAGGAUGACAUGUCGCUCGUGCAUGCAUUUGGGAAACUCUCAGUCAUGGGGCAGAAGCUGUAUGUGAGACUCUUUCAGAGGAAACUGAAGUGGCUCCAAGUAGAUAAACUGGAUUAUGAAGAGAUAAGCACUGAUCUGGGACCUGUGGCUCAGGAAUUGGUUCGAGGUGGUUUCCUACAGACAGAGAGUGAUCUUCAGGAUGUGGGGGAGGCUCUGGAUCUCCUGCCUGCUCCUGAACUCAAAGCUCUGGCUAAGACUUUCCAUCUGGGCAGUUCUGGGACUCAGAAACAGCAGCUAGUGGACGGACUUCUCCGUCUGAGCAGACAAAAGUGCCUCUUCUCUCUGACUCCUGCUCAGGCCAACAUCGGGGCUGUCAUCCUCAAAAGGGCGAAGCAGCUUGCGAGUUCCUGUGUGCGCCUGUGUCGUGGUCCUCGAGCUGUCUUUUCUCGGAUCCUUCUCCUCUUCUCUCUGACGGACACCAUGGAGGAAGAGGAGAUGGCGGCUGGUGGGCAGAGCCAGCUCUUCACCAUCCUGCUGGUUAACUCGGGACGCCUGGCCUUCCCCGACUACACGGUGCAGCGUAGAGCCAAAGUGUUCCAGGACAGAGACGAUCUUAUCAGGUAUGAAGCAUCCAUGCGAGCUCUGCAAGAGGUAGUCUCAGCUAUGCAGGGAGGCCAGUGGGAAGAAGCCAUGGAGCUUUACACUGCUGCCAAAAGUGUCUGGCAGGAGCUGAGGAAAAUCCAUGACCUUAGUCACCAGGAGGAGCUGCCUGUGUUCCUGCGCAGCUUCACCACGGGAUGGGCUUACACUCGGAUCUUAUCCAGAGGGGUGGAGAUCUUGCAGAGGCUACGUCAUUACGAGGAAGCAGUAGAGGAGCUGCGGUCUUUACUGUUGCAGUUUGUUUACUGUCCGGACAGCCGAGGGCGAUGGUGGGACAGACUGGCGCUGAACCUUCACCAGCACCUAAAGAAACCCGAGCAAGCUAUUUGCGCUAUCAGAGACGGGCUAUCGGACCCUCUGGUGCGAACUGGACAUAAACUUUCUCUUCACCAGAGAGCCGUUAGGAUGAAAGAGUCGGCCAGCUUGAAGAAGUAUCGCCUUCAACUCAAAGACCUGCCCACUAUCCAAGUCCAAGAUGUCACGCAUGUGACCAUCCGGGGACAGCUGUUCCCUCAUGAGGGGGGUAUGGGGAAAUCCAAGUUUCUUUUACCAGCGCAUGGUGAAGGGGAAGAGAGCUCUGAGGCCACUGUGAUAUGCUCUGUGGAAGAGCUGUCUUUAGCACAUUACCACCAACAAGGCUUUGACCAAGGGAUCCAUGGAGAGGGCUCAACAUUCUCAACAUUGUUUGCUCUUCUGCUUUGGGACAUCAUUUUUAUGGAGGGUAUUCCAGAUGUUUUCAGGAAUCCGUAUCAGACAUGUCCGCUGGAUCUUUACACUGACUGUUUCUAUGAGAACAGAAAAGAGGCGAUCGACUCUCGUGUGCAGUUACUCAGUGAGUCAUCAGUGGAGACUCUGCAUGACUUGUUGGGAGAUGUUUGGACCUCCCAGGAGGGUAAAGUGUGUUCACUGGUCAGCUGGGAGCGUUUCUCAUCCCUUCAACACGCACAGUCCCUCGUGUCAUGCCUGGGUGGAGCCUUCUUAGGAGGGAUAAUAAAACGAAUGUCCAAAGACUACAGACAUUGCCGUGGAGGUUUGCCCGAUCUGGUGGUGUGGAACACCUCAAACAACAGCUACAAGCUGGUAGAGGUGAAGGGGCCCACCGACCGGCUUUCCCAGAAACAACAAAUAUGGCUGGAGGCGCUGCAGAAGCUGGGGGCUGAUGUGGAGGUGUGUCACGUGACGGCAACCGGAGCCAGAGGAGCUCGUCUUGAAUAAACAGACACGGAAGAACUGACUGAUAAGACGUUGCUGCUAAGUCAUCAGUGUGUGGUCCAAAAUGAAAACACCAGCAGACAGAAACAAAACAAAAGAUGCAGGAGCUUUUCUGAUUUUGGUCAUUUAGAACAUGUUUACAUCAAAAACUCUUAUCUUCCAUAAAUCACAAAUGUAAUCCUAUUUGAGUAUAGGAGGGAGAGGUGUAUCCUGAGAUGAAGAUCAGAAAUACAGAGCAGAGCAGAUGCAUGACACCAAAGUGUUUCCUUUUCUUUGGCAGCACUAUAUUCUCAGGAUCUCAGGUUUCCAAGCAACGAAGAUUCACAUUUCAGUUGGCUGCUUAUGAAUUGUAUGACAGCUCUACACGUUUGUUAUGCGAGUAAUUACUGUGAUACUACGGCUAUAAAUAUGCUGCUCUGCCACUACUCUAAUAUGGAAAUAAUAGGGCUGCAAUCAAUGAUUGAAUUGCUGUUUGUUCUCUCCUUUAGCAUUUGGGCUGUACAUUUCAGAAAAUGGUGAGAAUUACAACUCCCUAGAGCCAAAGUUGUCAUCAUCACAUUGCUUGUUUGGUGCGAAACAAGUCCAAAAAAACCCAAAUUAUUCAGCUUACUACAACAGCCAUCACAUCAAAGACAGGCAGCAGCACAUCCUCACAGUUAAGAAGCUGGAACUUAGGAAUGUUUUGGCUUUUUUUACUUUUAAAAAGAUAAAUAAAUUAAAAUGCAAUGGUAUUAACUGUCACUGAACUGUCUUGAUAUGUAAAAUGUAAAAAGCUGAUGUUCACACUGAAAUAUUAGAAUAAAACUUUGAUAUAAUGUU